ACUCAAGUACUGGUCCUCGGAUCAGAGAAGACCAGCUCUGGUCUGGGGAGGAAUGGGAGGAGGCUUGAGCCCAGCUCCCGCCUCCCCGACCUUGUUCGGCAUUGGGCUGGGAAGGGGGCCAGACCCAAAGGACAGAAGCAGAAAGCACACGAAACCUGGGAGCCUGUGAUGUCGGAUCCCGCAUGGGCCCUGCGGGAGUUUUGGGGAGCAGGGCUCUUAGCCAGUGGGCCCUGGCCUCAGGCUGCCUCAGGAAGCCAGGCUCAUGGGGUCUGCUGGGGGCAUGGCAAGUAGAACCCCAGCCCUGUGUGAGGUGAGGCAUGGUUGCCAGGUGACUGUGCCAGGGCAGCCACUCGCCGUCAGAAGCACUCUGCUUGCUGUGCUCACCCCUCAGCUGUGGCCACCCUGGUGCCACUCCUUCCCUGGCCACCAUGUCACGGCAGCUCAACAUAGACACUUUACGGCAGAACUUCUGGAAGGAGGAAUAUCUGAGGGAAAAGAUGUUGCGCUGUGAAUGGUACCGCAAGUAUGGGUCGAUGGUGAAGGCCAAGCAGAAGGCUAAGGCUGCAGCCCGCCUGCCCCUCAAACUGCCCACCCUGCACCCCAAAGCCCCACUCUCACCCCCACCCACCCCCAAGUCAGCCUCUUCCAAGGUGCCCAGCCCUGUCCCAGAGGCUCCUUUUCAGUCAGAAAUGUACCCGGUACCGCCUGUCACCCGAGCCCUGCUGUAUGAAGGCAUCUCCCACGACUUCCAGGGGCGCUACCGCUACCUCAACACUCGAAAACUGGACAUGCCAGAGACGCGAUACCUCUUCCCCGUCACCACCAGCUUCACGUAUGGCUGGCAGCUGGGCCCCCCAGUGAAGCAAGAACUGGUCUCCUGCAAGACGUGCCGCAUUGAGUCAUUCUUCCGCAAGAACGGGGCCUUCGCACUGCUUGAUCCCCGAGACCUGGCCCUCUGACCGUGGGCCAGAUGUGGGCUUAGGGGAGGGAAGAAGAAAUAACAGGCCUCCUGGUGGGGCAAAGCUGCUGUGUGUGUCUGUGCCCCUCUGCUUUCCCCGGCCCUGAGGCUGCAUUCAGGCCUUUCUGAAACUAUCUGACCUGCAAGUUGCCCUCUUGCUUUUUCCGUAACCCUCAUCUCUUUAAUCAUCGCUUUGAGGACUCAGCAAUGACCAGAGGGGGCUGGGAAGGGCGAGCACUACUCUGCAGGCACGGGAUCUCAGCACCAGGGGAACACAGUAGUUCCAGGAAGUUCUGGGUGUUCCUGGGGAGAGAGCGGCCUGUCAUCUCGGAGGCCAGGGAAAGGGGACUCCUGCCACCGCCACACCCCUCCUUGCCCGCCCCUCACCUGGCCCCGAGGGCCCGCAGCCGCUCAGUCCUCUCCCGAUGCAUCUGCUCUAGCUGCUUCCGCAGGGCGCGCCGCCGGCCAGCCGCGUCCUCCUGGCGGUGCAGAGCGCUGAGCGUCCGCAGCUCAGUGGGGCGGGCGGGGCAGCACCUGGCACACCUGCACCUCGCGCCCCGCCGGAGGCACAGCCAGAGUGCAGUGCGCUCACUUCAAAGGGAUCCGGGCGCGCCAAGCUCGGCCCCUGCCCCGCGCAGGCUCCUUGUGGCCCCACCGCCUUCUAGGG